CUUUCAUCAUUGACGAAAUCGUUCACUUUAUCGGAUAAUAAAUCUUGCUGACCUUUGGUAUCUAUUACGAAAGCCAUGUUUGUUUGAGGAAUAAAUCCAAAAAGUUUCAAAAAGCUGGCCACUGUCACUCCCAACCAAGACACAUGGAUCUUCAAUUUUUACAAGGAUGACUCUGUACAGAAAAUGUGUAUGGUUUAUGAAGGGCUUACGCGAAUACACAAAAAGCGGCUAUCAGUCUGCCUCCAAGAAUUUCAAUGAUGGAGACCUAGAUGUUGACUGCUCUGGAAAAGUCUACAUGAUAACAGGAGCCAACAGUGGCAUUGGUGAAAGCGUUGCCCAACAUGUAGCAAAGUGUGGUGGCACUGUCCACAUGGUAUGCCGCAAUGCUCAGACAGCAGAAGAAGCCAAGGCGAGGAUGAUAGAGAAAACAAACAACCAGAAUAUUUAUUUGCAUAUUCUUGAUCUUGCUGCUCCCCAAGAAGUUUAUAAAUUUGCGAAGGAAUUUGCUGAGAAGAAUAACAAAUUGGAUGUUUUGGUCAAUAAUGCUGGAUGCAUGGUUCAUGAAAAACGAAUUGAUUCAUAUGGAAAUGAAUAUAACUUUGCAACUAAUGUCCUGUCCCCUCAUAUUCUCACUCGAUUGCUAACUCCCUUGCUCAUUCAAUCUAAUCAUGGAAGAGUCAUUAUGGUCACUUCUGGGGGAAUGCUUUUAGAGAAACUUGAUUCUGAUGAUCCACAAUUACUGAAACAAGAACCAUUUGAUGGAGUUAGAUCAUAUGCUCAAAAUAAAAGACAAAUGGUUGUAAUGGCUGAGCAAUAUGCUGAAGAAAACCCUAACAUUUUCCAUGCAUCUGCACAUCCUGGUUGGGCAGACACCCCUUCGGUUCGAUCAGCCCUCCCUGAUUUUCAUAAGCGCAUGGAGGGAAGGCUUCGUUCUUCAGAGGAGGGAGCUGAUACUAUUACUUGGCUGUCUAUUUCCCAAUCAGCUUUGGCCCAAGGCAAUGGAAAGUUUUAUCAAGAUCGAUCACCAGUUAAUGCACACUUGCCCUUGGCUUGGACUCAUUCUACAAAAGAAGAGGUUUUAAAAUUCAUAUCUUAUUUAGAUACUUCAAUGGAGAAAGUGAAGAGUUCAAGAUAAUAAUUUCGCAUCCAGAUCAGCACAUUCAUUAAGUGCCCAUUGAGAAAAAAAUAUGUUUUGUUUUUAAAUGCAAUGAUGAUAAAGCAAAAUAAAUUGUUUUCAUUAUUCA